AUGGCCACAUCAUCUAGGCAAUCUCAGGAUUCCCGUCAGCUAGCCCCCCUACGAGAUACUCGCGCUCAGUUGUUCGUUGGAAAUCUCCCGUAUCGUGUCCGUUGGCAAGACCUCAAGGAUCUUUUUCGUCGCGCAGGCACUGUCUUGCGUGCUGAUGUAUCACUAGGGCCUGACAAUCGCUCACGAGGCUAUGGCACUGUCCUUCUGGCCACCGCAGAGGAUGCGGGAAGGGCAAUUGACAUGUUGAAUGGAUUUUGCUGGCAAACCAGGGUCCUGGAGGUGCGCCCCGACAGGCUUGGCGCAAGUGUCGAUGAAAUGGGCAGCAACCUUGCAAUCCGAGGUGCAAAUGGGCACCCCUCAGGGUUCUCAUCUUCAGGCAAUCCACAUGAUGAAAUCACAUCUGGACAGGAUGUGGUGGGUGGCGCUGGAAUGAAAACCCUAUUUGUGGGUAAUGUGAGUCUUAUUCAUUUGCUCAUAUUUCUUCUACUCCAGCUUCCCUUCCAUAUCCAAUGGCAGGAUUUGAAGGACCUGUUUCGUGCAGCUGGUGCUGUUGCUCGAGCAGAUGUUACCGUUGGGCCCGAUGGGCGCUCCCGCGGGUUUGGAACAGUCAGCUUUGUCACAGAAGAUGGUGCUGAGCGAGCAUGUAGGAUGUUUGAUGGGUGCGUGGCUGCCUUCUUCAUGAUGUACCAUGCACCUUCCUGGUUUCUUAUACAUCCCUAUCUUGUUCACAUGUUGAUCAUGAAAUAUUUUUGCUGUGAGCGCUGUGGCGUGUCGCGGCACUACACACGAUUGGAACCCUUCGAUGUCUUCGUGUUCUGUUAA